ACAUGGAUUUAUCUGAAGAGUCCGUAAGAAUGACUUCUGACCUCCAGAGCAAAACAUUUCUACAGAGUCCAGAUACACACAUACAUCUAGAGAAAAGCCCAUCUGCAAAAUCGGGUAAUGGCACAGCUCUGGUGUUGUGUUCCGUGUCUGUGGCCUGCCUGAGUGGGUUGAUGAUGGGUUAUGAGAUGAGUCUGAUAUCAGGAGCUUUGCUUCAACUCAGGGAUGUUUUGACUCUUUCCUGCCCAGAGCAAGAGCAAGUCGUUGGGUCUCUUCUGUUCGGAGCCUUCCUCCUCUCCCUGGGUGGCGGCACCAUCCUGGACCGUUAUGGACGGCGGUUCUCUAUCAUCCUCACUGCGCUGCUGUGUGUGUUGGGGACGCUUCUGAGUGUGUGUGUGGUGUCAUUUUGGACGCUGGUGAUCGGGCGGAUGUUGGUCGGCAUGGCGGUAGCGCUGUCAGGCACAGCGUCUUGCCUGUAUGCGGCGGAAGUGGCACCGGCCACCUGGCGCGGAAGGUGUGUGUGUGUAUAUGAGUUGAUGGUAGUUUUAGGGAUGCUGUUGGGUUUUGGACUGAGUUGGGCAUUCGCAGGGGUCCCGGAUGGAUGGAGGUUUACAUUCGGUGGCGUACUGUUUCCAGCUUUGCUGCAAGCCGGCAUCAUGCCGCUAUUGCCACAGAGUCCACGGUUUUUGCUAGCUCAACAGCGUGAGAAAGAGGCUUACGCCACUCUCCUCCGUCUCCGUGCAGGGAUCAAAGGAGUGGACGCGGUGGAGGACGAACUUCGGGCUAUUCGUCUGGCACUGGGGGCGGAGCGCCUGCACGGCUUCCUGGACCUCUUCCGUUCCCGUGACAACAUGCUUCAGAGACUGCUUGUUGGCGCUGCGAUGGUUUUCUUGCAGCAGGCUACGGGACAGCCCAACAUUUUGGCGUACGCAUCAACUGUUCUUAGCAGCGUGGGCUUUCAUGGGAACGAGGCAGCGACUCUUGCGUCCACAGGGUUUGGUGUUGUUAAAGUGGGCGGGACCAUUCCUGCAGUCUUCUUAGUGGACAAAGUGGGGCCUAAAGCCCUUCUGUGUGUUGGAGCCGUAAUCAUGACUUUGUCAACAGCAACUCUGGGGGCCGUUACUAUGCAGAGCCGCACACAUGUUUCCAGCCUAUGCACGGGCUCCGUAAAUAAAGCAAACCUUACGAUAUUUGGGAUGGGAGAUGAGACUGAUACCCAGACGAACACUCCACUGGGCUUAUACCAGCCUUCUGAUUAUAAACUUCAAACCAGCACAAAUCCGGAUCCUUUCCUCACUAGCAUUAAUGACACUAAAGACCAUUUGAUUUUAAACUACACUUAUGAUCAUAGGACAGUAUUGAUGGAACCGGCUGAGGGUUCUGAGAAAGACAGUUCAAAAAUUGCUCUUCAUGUUAAUGAGGUGUCGCCCUCUCUGAAAUGGAUCUCUCUGGUCAGCCUGCUGGUAUAUGUAGCUGGAUUCUCCAUCAGCUUGGGACCAAUGGUUCAUGUGGUUUUGAGUGCGAUCUUCCCGACUGGCAUCCGUGGAAAGGCUGUGUCUGUCAUCUCUGCUUUUAACUGGGCCACAAAUUUGCUCAUAUCGAUGACUUUCCUUACCAUGACAGAGAGGAUCGGCCUGCCCACCGUGAUCUUCUCCUAUGCUGCUAUGAGCUUUGUGUUGGUGGUGUUUGUGAUUGUAUUCGUGCCAGAGACGAAAGGCCGAUCACUGGAACAGAUCUCUAAGGAACUUGCCAUGAAAAAUCACCUGAGCAGCACACUGCUGUGUCAUAGAAGAAAACACAAGGCUACAGAACAACCCUCACUGGAGGAAAAAACUCUUGCAACCAUGUGACUUUUUACCUAGAUGAAGAGUGGAAGAGCAUAAGGAUAUUUGCAAGCAACAGAUUGUUCUUGGUGCUGUCGGACAACUUAAAGGACAUCCAAAUCUGUGACUACACUGAUCUACUGAGUGGAAGAGUUAUGACUAACUAAUGUUGUCAUGGUGAAAACAAUUUUGCUUAAUAAACCUUCAUAUGGCGUGAUGGGUCAGUUGAGACGAAUUUAAUAAGUCACUCUGGUUUAUUUGUAUUAGGUUUUAAAAUUUGUUAAGUAGCUUAAAAGUAGCUUUGGAAUUGGAGCUUUUAAAAAUCACUAUUAUGAAAUGUUUUGGAAAUUGUUCUUGUGCAAUCAUGAUCAUAAUCAUGCCAUGGCAAGUUAAAGCCAAUAAUGUGGCACAGCCACAUAUCAGUAUUUGUGUGCUGAGCACUACCAUAAACACUUAAAGGUGUGUCUGAUUUGAGAUGCCUUCAUGCCAUCAGAUUGCACAACUGCAAAUUGACAUAUUUAAAAAAUGGAAUUUUGUUCAUUAAAAAUGUGUGAUGUUAGUAACAAAAA